AGCCAAUCAGAGCGCCCGGCGGGUCCUGAGCUGAGCCGUUGUUGUUGUUGCCGCUGAGCUGUCACAGUUUUGUUAAAACAUUAAAAACGUAACACUCACAGCAUGGCAUCGUUUGUAACCGAAGUGCUCGCCAGCUCUGGCAAACUGGAGAAAGAAGACCUGACCAGUAAAAUCAGCAAAAUGUCGCGCAAGGUGGAGGAUACGAAGGAAGAAGUAUGUGACAUGCUAAACAAGAGGUAUAGUGACUUCCUACCUAGUCUUCAAGCAUCUCAGGAGCUAAUGAUGCAGGUGGAUGAUGUCUCAAAAGAAAUGGAUGUCCUUAAAAAUUGCAUUGAGACUGAGGUGCAGCAGGAUAUCCAUGUGGCUGUGACGGAGUAUGCAAAGCUGAAGCAGCAGCUAGAGAAAAAUACUAUCAUCAUAACAAUGCUUGGACACCUAAAAGAGUUUCACAAUGCUAUGGAGGAGUCCAACAAAGCCUUACUGGAGAAGAAGUAUGUUGAUGCAGCCAACCAGCUGGAGAGGGCCAGGGCCAGUGUGGAUUCACUGAAGGGUUGGAAGGUUUCCCAGCUGCCACUGCUCAGUGCUCUCAGCUCUGAGUUGAUUGUGCAGAGAGAAAACUUAAUUUACCAUCUGGGAGACGAAUGGAAGCGCCUCGUCAUCUGGAGAUUACCGUCCUCAAAGGUGACUCCUGGAUGUGCACUACCAGAGCCUGCAGGUCCGAAGUCCUUCUUAAAUGUGGAGCUUAACCUGAGUCAUGCUUGCAGUAAGGACGAUGAACUGAAACCACCUGCUCUGCUGCGCUGCGUCCUGCAAGCUCUGGCCAUCCAGGGAGACCUUCAGCACAGGAUCAAACUGUUCUGUCAAGUACUGUUGAAGAACAUGUUGAAGCCGUUGGUGAUGUACCCGUCGCUGUCGGUGAGCGUGACAGAGCAGCAGGGUGAAGGAACCGUCCUGGCCUUACAGUGUUUGGAGGAGAGCCAUGAGGAGCGAUCCUCUCCUUCACAGGUCUACAGCAAACUGCUCCUGGUGCUCAAGACACUGCACUCACACCUGCUAGAUGUAUCCAUCGGUGAUAAAAAGCUCUCGGCUAUCUUGGGGGAGCUGAUUUGGGAGGAAAUUUCGCAGUGCAUCAUCCAUGAGUGUCUGCUCUACUCAAUCCCCACCAACAGCAGCCAGCUGGAGAAAUACAACACUGUGAUCAAGGAAACGGAGGAGUUUGAGAAGUCUCUGAAGGAGAUGGAGUACCUGCAGGGCGAUUCCACAGACCUGCUUAAAUAUGCCAGGGAUGUCAACUGUCAUUUUGCCAGCAAGAAGUGCAAAGAUGUCAUCGUGGCAGCCCGCAAACUCAUGACCUCCAAGAUGCACAACACUGUCAAAAUCACACCAGACUCCAAGCUGCGUCUUCCCAAGCUGCCUGCUCCAGGUUCAGAGGUGAAGGUGAAGCAAGAGACCAGAAAGGAGGAGAUGACAAUGGAGAAUGCAAAGCAGCUGUCUGCGUGGAGUCUGUGUCUGCCAGCCUGUCGCAUCAGUGAGUCAGUGCAGCAGCUGAUGGAGCUCGCGCUCAACACGCUGUGUGAGGCCGUUGGAAGCUCUACACAAUGUGCGUUACAGCUCUUCUUCACUGUGAGAAACAUUUUCCAGCUCUUCUAUGAUGUUGUACCAACAUACCACAAGGAGAACCUGCUCAAGUUUCCUCACCUGGCUGCCAUCCAGCACAACAACUGCAUGUACCUGGCCCACCACCUUCUCACCCUGGGCCACCAUUUCAGAGCCCACCUGCCGCAGCCCCUCGGCGAGGGCAUUGCAACGUUUGUUGACAUGGUGCCCGGAUUCAGGAAACUGGGUGCCCAGUGCUUCUUAGCACAGCUGAACGUCCAGAGAGGUGAACUGUUGGAGAGACUUUCCACCGCUCACAACUUCUGCAACCUGGAUGAUGAAGACAACUACAUAGCAGCCAGCAAAGCAGUAAGACAGGUCAUCCAUCAGUUGAAGCAGCUGGGCACAGUGUGGCAGGAUGUCCUACCAGUCAGCAUCUAUUGUAAAGCCAUGGGCAACCUCCUCAACACGGCCAUCGCAGAAAUCAUUGCCAAAAUUAUGAUGCUGGAGGAUAUUUCCUCUGAGGAUGGUGAGCACCUCCAUACACUGUGCCAAAACGUCAUUGAAGAAGGCCCGCUGGUCUUCAUCCCCCUGGCUGAAGAAAACAAGAACAAGAAAUAUCAGGAGGAAGUUCCCCUCUAUGUUAAGAAGUGGAGUACCUUCAAGGAGCUGGUCAUCGUGCUGCGGGCGAACCUCCAGGAGAUUGUUGACAGGUGGGCUGACGGUAAAGGUCCACUGGCGUUGGAGUUCUCCAGCUCGGAGGUGAAGAGUCUGAUCCGAGCCCUGUUUCAGAACACAGAGAGGAGAGCUGUAGCGCUGACCAAAAUCAAAUAGAUACUCCAAGUAAAUGACCACCAAGAAGAUACUGCAGCACUUUUUCCUCUGAGGAAAAUAUAAUUUUUUGUCUGUAUUCAUUUCCUUUUUCAGUUAUAUCCAUUAAAAAAAAAACAUUUAUGGGUUGAAAAGUUCGUCAGCAGAUACAGCCCUGUCUGAUGGCUGUGGGUAUAAGCUGGUUGUAAUCAGUCUGUAGGAUAUGUUCUGUCUCAGCACGCAGACUGCAAUUAGUCCUACAGAGAUUACAUAAAGGCUUCCGUACAUCAGCGUCCAGCAGCCUCAGUCAUAUAAGCAUUAGAAGGUUACUGCUGCAAAGCCCGCUGAGGUUACGUAACCAGUGACUCGCCAUCUGUUGACAUGUGAUGUCGUAUGGAGGGUUAAUGGAAACUUUGGGAUUUUUCAGCUUGGACCCUAUUUUUCCAUCAUUUUGUGUCUAAGUGACUAAGGGAGACAACAAUUUAUGAAAUUUGUCCAGUAUUGAGUGAGAGCGCUUCAGCCGGCAGCCGUGAAACAGACUGCAAUGUAAUCCUUUGAGGCAAUGGCGCCCCGUCAGCGUACAUCCACUACAACUGACAGGCUCAGAUUGUUGUUAGAAUUGUCUGACAACAUUAUGGAAAGGAGCAUACAGAGGAAUAAAACUUUUUUCUUUACCCUUCUUUGAUCUGUUUGUUAUUAUUUCUAACCAAGUCUUACGAUAGUUGAGUUGUUGCAGGAAGACAACGUUGGAUAUGUGAGUGAGAUUUGGAGAGAGGAGUGCUGGGAAGAGUUUGUUGUGUUGGAGUACAGAAAGCGUAGCUUAGUGUUUUCUAAAAGAAGUCAUGGCUGAAUAUUAUGCUGAUUAUUUAGCUGUCUUCCUGCAACAACUCAACUUUCACACAACAACAAAAAGACUGAAUCAAGUGAAAGGUAAAGACCUGUAUGGUCCUUUCCAUAAUGUUGUCAGACACCUAUAAUAACAAUCUGAGCCUGUCAGUUUUAGUGGACAUACACUGACGGGGCGCAAUUGCCUCAAAGAAUCACAUUGCAGCCCAUUUUGUGGCUGCUGGCUGAACAGCUCUCACACGAUACUGGACCAGUUUCAAAUAUCGUUGUCCCCAUUAGUCACUUAGACACACAAUGAUGGGAAAAUAGGGUCCAGGUUGAAAAAUACCAAGUUUCCCUCUAAUGUCUUUUUGAAAUGUUAUCAAACUUCAUCUGUAGCUUGUUUCAAAGGUCUCAGUUUUAUGUGCCGAUGUCAUUCCUGGAAUGAGAGUUUGUCUGGAGAUGUUUGUUAGCUUUAAUCACGAUGCCUCUAAAUGAACUUUCAGUUCUGACAAAGGAUCCUGAACUUUGCCUCUCUGGUUCAGAAGUUUCUUGUGAGAGCCAUUAAACUUAACUCCUCUGUAUUAUAUUUAUUGUAAAAUAAAUAAACCAAAAGACUCAACUUUUCAAAACA